UAAGAGAGGGAGUCAAAGACAGACUCAGCAGAGUAAAGGAGGGUUACUGGAGCAGUGUAGCUGGGCAUCUGGACGUUCCACAUCUGGACUUACUCAGGAGAAAUGACUCUUCAACCAACAAGCAUCCCAGACUUCAGCACCACAGCUUUAUAUGGAGGCCAGAAUAACACCAAUGGCACGGACUGUGUUGAUCCGUACAACUGGGAGUGGCUCCACACCGGCCAGCCGGUUUAUAUCCUGGUUAUCACUGUGCUGGGAAUUGUGUUUAAUGGUUUUGUCCUGAUGGUUUUCUGCUUUCACAAGAAGGCCUGCACCGUAGCUGAGAUCUACUUGGGCAACCUGGCUGCUGCUGAUCUCGUCCUGGUGUCCUGUUUGCCUUUCUGGGCUGUCUACAUAUCCAGUGGUUUCAACUGGUCUUUUGGUCUGUUCCUGUGCAAAGUCGUCAACCUGGGCAUUAAGAUGAACGCCUACAGCAGCAUCUACUUCCUUGUUCUAGUUAGCAUAGAUCGUUAUGUGGCACUGGUGCGUACAAUGUCCCAUGGCAGAAUGCGUAGACCAAAAUAUGCCAAACUGGGCUGUGUGCUGGUGUGGGUCUUCGGUUUGCUCCUGAGUGCCCCCACACUCGCCUUCAGGACAGUGGACUAUUUGCCUGACUAUCGUGUAACUGCAUGCUAUCUGCUCUACCCAAACCACACUGUGGAGCUGCUCUUUGAUGGGAUGUUGGUUGUUUUUAGCUUCAUCAUCCCCAUUUUGAUUAUCUCCUUUUGCACUGUCAAGAUUAUUCAGGCUUUGAAGAUCCAGCAAAUAGAGAGGUUCAAUGCCGAGAAAUCAGAGCAGAAGGCCACCACUCUGGUGCUGGCAGUCCUCCUGGCGUUCCUCAUCUGCUGGGUGCCGUUCCACGUGGUCACCACACUGGACGUACUCUUACGAGCUGACGUCCUUGGAGGGUGUCACUUUGCGUCUGUCUUAGACAUCUGCAAUCAGAUCUUCACCUACUUAGCCUUCUUCAACAGCGUUCUCAACCCCAUCCUCUACGUUAUUGUAGGAAAGAACUUCCGAAAAAAAGUUUGGGAACUCUUCAAGCAGUGGCACAUUAAGAGAACACCCACUUCUGACUCCUCACGUUCGUCAAACCUGUCCUCGACACUCAAGACUAUGAUAUGAAAUACUGCUUUAAAAAGAACUGUUCCACUGGAAAAAAGACUUUUCGGAAAGAUGACUGUGAUUGAGAGUGAUUUCAUAGUCUUGCACAAAUGCAAAUGAUUCUGAUGAUAAGCUUAAGUUAUUUUUAGAUCUGUAAUAGAUGUAAUUGGACCAAAUCACCCUUCCUCAAAUUGUUAUUUGAAGAGGUUUUCCAACACGCUCCCAUUUUAAGUAGCCACAUGUUGCCACAGUCAGUAUACAUAUCAUGCCCAGGUUCUGUUCGUCUCAGUUCUCAACUAAGUUCACCCAUUCGUGUGCUGCCACUGCAGGUGCUGUUUGGUCAUCUGAUCAUCCAGUGGCAUUUCAUAACACCAUGUAUUAUUCUGUCCUACUGCAUUCUCAGCGGAUGCCACCCAGCAACAUAUCAUACAGCCAGGAAAAGUGGCUUUUGCAUCAGGAUUUUAUGCUGAAAUCAAAUUUGGCUAGUUGGCAAGUUUAGAGUUGCACUGGGUUGGGUCUUAAAAUAAACUAUCUUUAGGUGGCUUGAA